AUGUUUAUAAAAGACACAACAGUAAACCUUGACUUAACUUUCUGUUUUAGAUUUGUAUACAGUGACAAUCGAGCAAGAAACCACCCUUUUUGCAUUAGUGAUGACAACACACCUGUCUGGUUACUUCGCCUAGAAACGUUCACAGUCACAGUCAGUUUGGGAAUAUUUAAUCUUCGCGAUCAGGGGAAUGUCGGAUUUGCUGCGAAUGCCCGUCGCCACGUGGAAUUUCAAUGGGAUACCACGACUACUCCACGACGUGGUGCAAUCUCGAGGAUGCCAAGCUUUCUAUUUUCUCUUCUCUCUUGCUCACUUUUGCCCCCAUAA